CUCUUGCCGUGUGCCUUGCAGCUAGACGGGCGGCCCAAAAGUACCCUUGGCCACUACUCGUUGAGUGUCGCCACUCGCAGCUCCGAAGGCCCUGAAUGGCUUCCACUGCGCACAGAAGGCCAGGCACAGUUCGUCCUGGGCCCAUGGAUUUACCAGAGUACCAUAGCUUUGGAGAAUCCCGGUACAUGCAUGUCACCAAGACAGUUUCCCUGCCUCGUCAGUAAGGAUGCGCGGAACAGACCUUUUUGGGGUAAAUGUCACUCCCUGAAACGGACGGAUCCUACACAUUCAGCCCGUUGAUGGAUCCACUCCACGCGGCCAGUCGCAGAGACCCGCGGUCGAGGUCCACCUCUGAGGAUAUAGAACAGACCUGACCCCUUUGGUCAGCAGGUCUGGCUCUGGGGGUUUUCCUUCUUCAAGGUCCAUGUAAACGGCUACCUUCACCGGACGAUAUCAUGGCGAUCCCUAACCGUGGACCCGAACUCGUUGGAGUGAACGUAGCCUUCAUGGCUACGGCGGUUAUUGCAAACGCGCUACGAUGUAUCGUUCGGGUGAAAAUGGUGAAAGCGUUCGGUGUCGAUGACUGCCUCAUGGUCGCCUCAACAAUCUUCUUCGUUGGAUAUGGCGUCACAUCCACAAUAGGAGCGCACUAUGGUACUGGCCGCCACCACCGGGACCUUGAGGACUGGCAGGUCGACAAGGCACGGAAAUGCUGGUUCUACUGCUACCUCUUCUACUGCUGCUCUAUGAUCCUGUCCAAGAUCUCUAUCGGUUGCUUCCUGCUUCGCAUUUCCGUCAAGCGCAUCCACACCUGGAUUAUUUACGCCGCCAUGUUCGUCUCCACCUUUGCCUGCACGGCCUUCUUCUUCGUCACGCUCUUUCAGUGCCACCCCAUCAGAUACUUCUGGGCCAAGUCACUCCCGGACGGCAUAUGCAUCAACAACACUGUCAUCAUCGCCCUCGGUUUCGUCUACAGCAUCUUCAGCAUCAUCGCCGAUUUCACGUUCGCUCUGCUCCCGGCUGCCCUGGUCUGGAACCUGCAGCUCAAGAGGAGGACAAAGAUAGCCCUCAUUCCGCUCCUUACUAUGGGCUGCGUUGCCAGCGCUGCUGUCAUUGCGCGUCUCCCUUCUCUUCCGAAGCUGAAUUCGCCUGACUUCCUCUGGGACACACUCGAUGUCGCUAUCUGGUCAAGCGUCGAACAGGGUCUUGCCAUCACAGCUGGUAGUCUCGCGACUCUGCGCCCUCUCUUUGCCCUCGUCAUGCACCAGAUUGGCCUAUCCACACGACCCACACAACCGAGACCUUCGCAAUACGGCCUCCAAACCCCACCCGCCAGCCAGAUGCUCAACAGCAGACGUAAAGGAAGCAAGAAUGAACUCGACAUGUACAAAUUGACCAAUGUCGAAGAGACACGAGUAUCAGAUGACUCGCUCGCAAAGGACUCCAGCCUCUCGAAAUCACCAAACCGGUUCAACGGUAAUGGGCUGCAGCAGAGCAUGACGGAGAGUCGAGUCCGGGCCGACAACGAGAGUGAAAGAAGCCUAAGAAUAAAGAGCUCGAGGAAUAGCAGCGAAGACCAGAUGGGCAUCAUGGUGUCGAAAUCAUUCUGGAUCGAUGAGGAGAGGUCGUCAAUAAUUUCCCGCGGUCAGGAUCCACGUUUCAGAUAACUAAUGCGCUUCUGCGAUUUACGACACUUAUACCCCAUAGUUAAUGCUCAGAUACUUUAACCUUCAACUUGAG